GGAGAGAGGUUAUUUUCUCACUCUGAUAACCUAUCUAAAACCUUGCAGUCGACGAGGAUGUCUGCAGUCAGUGGACAACGUUUAGCGCAACUCACUAAGUCAGUACUAGAGAGCAUCCGAAAUGAUGAUAGCUUUUCAGCAUUCUACUCAAUAGUCCUUCGCAAAAGCAAAGAUCACGCCAUUUCUGAUCCGCUUCUUCCACGAAAGCGUCGAGCACCUGCAAGGAUCGAGGUCGGAAGUGGACAGCCAACCUUUCCCGAAACACCGAAGGACCACUAUCGGCGCAUCUACUUUGAGGCUAUUGAUCUGAUAGUUAAUGCCAUAGAACAGCGUUUCAGUCAACCAAGCUUUACAGCCUAUGAAAAGAUGGAGUCCCUCUUACUAAAAGGUAUCAAUGGGGAAUCCUACACAGCAGAGCUCGACUACAUGAAAGUGUCAUACAAGGACGACAUCAAUUUUGACUCGCUGAAGGCCCAACUUCAUGUCCUGCGUCAGAUUCUGAAGGAUAAAGGUGCGAUGGAAUGCUUUGAUGAUGUUCUCUGCGAAGUUAAGAAGCUACCUAAAGAAGAACGAAGCCUAAUUGGUGAAGCAGUAAUACUAUGUAAGAUUUUGGCGGUCAACCCAGCAACCAGUGCUUGCUGUGAAAGAUCUUUUUCAGCGGCACGUCGCCUGAAGACGUGGCUGAGAUCGAACAUGAAACAGCAGCGAUUCAGCAACUUGACAGUACUUAAUUGUCAUAAGAAAUUAACGGAAAGCUUGGACGUGAUUCAGAUCGCAAACACAUUUGCUGGACGGAAUGAAAAUCGUAUGAAGAAUUUCGGUAUCUUCACUAAUGCCGACCUAUAA